CCGCAGCCACAGCCCAUUUAGGAAGCUUUGGAGUUGUGGCCAAUGGGCUGCCAUUGGGAGAUGUCGUGGGCUGCCCCAGCAAGUCUGCAACUGCCAGCCUCCAGCAUGCAGCCUGUUGGUGCCCAACCUACAUGGGGUCCGCUGGUGCUUUGUGUGUGGGGAUAUCCCCAUUAUGCGGGCGAGAAACAGGACGAGGGGGAGCAGGAGGCUGAGGACCGGGUUCUCGCGGAGAAGUGCGGCUUGCUGCGCGCGCGGCUGCGGGACGUGCCGGAGGAGGAUCUGCAGUUUGUCUUGGACAUGCUGACCUCCCAGCUCCGGGAGACCUGGGCGCUGCGCCGGGCGUUGGCCAACAAGACGGAGGAGGGAGGUCAGCGGGGCCAGUUCCAGCUGCGCAUCUUUGAAGCAGAGGCUCGCAUGGCCCGGCAGGAGGAGAACAUGGAAGCGGAGCUUUGCGCCGAACUGGUGCAGGAGGCGAAGGCUUUGGCAGCGCAGGCUGACUCCUGGCGGAGGGAGCCCCGGGAAGCAAGGUACGCCCACUGGGAGGAGGCGGCCUUGCGGCUGCCGGUGGCGCUAAAGACGGAGGCGGCGCUGAGGAACCGCGCCGCGGUGUUGAACGAGGAGGAGAUGCAGCUCCAGGCUCAGGUGGGGGAGUGGCAGCGGCACUCGGCUGCUGAGCUGCUGGCCUGCCGCUUCGAGGUGAGUGACCUGCAGCGCCAGAAUGGGGAGCUGAGAGGCGAGCUGGUGCAGGCUCAGGCAGAGCUGUCCUUGCCAAGCCAAACGUGCGGGCUACGCGGGCCGGCCGCAGCCGGUUCCGCGGAAAGGGCGGCGCAGGACGCGCCCGGCCGCCGUGUGGAGCAGAGCGAGGCUCAACCGCGGCAAACCGGGGCAAGUGCGGCGGUGCGCUGGCACGAUGCCGGCUCCGUUUUCGAUGCCUUUGCCUCAAAUGGCGGCGACAGGGAACAGAUGUUUCCCGUGGACUUCGGGCACUUGUGCGAGCGUCUCCGGCGUGCGCAGGGGCGCGGGCCCAGCACGGAGCAGGACCGGCGGGAUUUCGCUCACUUCGCCUUCAGCGCGGUCUUCGGUGCGGAGGCGUCGGUGGACCGCGGCACCUUCGCGCGGCUCUUCCCGCACUUCGCGCUGAUGCUCAAUGAGCUGGAGGAGGCAUAUGUGGCGGCAAAAGCGCAGUCUUGAGCUCUGGGACGUCUCUGCGGUCUGGCACUGAACGGCGAGCGACACGGCCCGGCCGGCAGAUAGCUCUUGCAGAUGGCCGCAUUCCAGACCUGGGUCCUCUCUGCGACACCGAUGUGAGGGCCCAAUCACAAGUUGAACCACGCAAGCGGGCCGCCAUGCGACCUGCGUCCUGCUAAGCAGCUGGCAAUGCGCGCAGUAAGCCAUGUGCUG